AUGUCAAAUAUUCCUGUACCAAGUACUUCAAAAAGAACUUCAAGUGAUAUGGCUAACCAAAUUAGUAAAAAGACUAAAUCGAAAAUUAAUCGUACUAAAAAUAAAUUAGAAAUCGUAAAAGAUACUAAUGAAGAUAGUUACAACAACGAAGAAACUGAGAAAGUACUAGUUAUGGUUUGUCAAUAUAAAGAUACACCAACCUCUCCUUCUUGUGGUACAACAUAUAUACGAAAAGAUUCUUCAACUGGUAAUGCAAUAUCUCAUUUACGUUCAAAACAUGAUAUUAAUUUUUCAAAUAAUGAAACAGUAUUUGAUGAUAAUAAUACAAACGAAGAAGCAAAAAAUCCAAAUACUCCAUUAAAUUGCAAUGGGCUUAUUGAUACAAUUCAAGAAACCUUAAAUAUGGCUAUGGAUCAUUAUUGGAAAGAUCUUACAGCACCACAAUCUCUUCUUCCAAGUAUUUUGGAUCCACGAAUCAAAAAUUUGAUUCUUGUUAAUCUUAAAAAACCCCAAAUUGCAGUAUUUAAUGAAGUUAGCGAAUAUUUAAAAUUGGAGGAAAUUGAUUUUGAAA